AUGGGCCAACAACUUUCAAAGACAGAAACAAGCAAAGAGAAAAGGGGAGACCUGAACAAUGACAACCACUUGGCCAAGGGAAAGCUCAAUAUCCAUGCAGCACUAUUGCAGAAUCCCAAUAUUCUGCGACGUCAUCUCAACCAAGAACUGCAACAGCACAAAGAAGGAGAAGAACGAGGAGGAGGAGGAGGAGGAGGAGGAGGAGGAGAUGGACGUCCACAUAACCACUAUGACUCAAAUGAAGAUCCCCUGCUCGAUUCAACACUUGUACCGAUGACUUCACCUCCAGACUUGUCACUCGUACCUAUGACAUCACCACCUGAUGAUAGCACACACAAGUAUCCCUCUGCAUUCUUCCUUAGUCCCAUCACAUCCAACGAAUCAUACAACUAUUACACUGACGACGACGACGACGACGAUGAUGAUGAUGAUGAUGAUACACCCAUGAUCGACGUUGAUAACGAUAAUCACCAUUUAAACCAGCAUCGGCGCUCCAAAAAGCGCUUUGAACAACACCACAAUGACCCUCUGCACCAUCAUCGGCAUCUUCGUGCCCAAUUAGAUGACACGUUGAACCCCUUACAACAGCUCGAUACAGCAACCGUAACUCCAGAUUUGAUGGACAUCUCGCCAGCAUCGUCCUAUGGCUACGACGAGGAACAAAACACAAAGGAAGCAGCUCUUGGGGAUAUUCUAUUUGAAAGAGACUCGCAGACAAUCUUUCAGCAGCAGCGGCAGCAGCAACUACAGCAACAGCAACAGCAACAGCAACAACAACAGCAGCAACAACAGCAGCAGGAAUUGGAAAACCAAAAAUUUCAAGAACAAUUUUCACCCUUGUUGUCCUUGCCUUUGGAAAUACUCUACAGAAUUAUUGAAUACGUCUACGUUGAUAACGACGUUUCUUCUAUCAAUUCCAAUUUGGAGAAAUUUGCAAACACCAUCCCAUUGCUCUCAAAGAAAUUCCACCAGUUGUCGCUCUGCUUUAUCUACAAGUAUACCAUUUUCAAUAGACCGCACUCGUUUGACAAGUUCCUCCACAACUUGGAGGCCAACCCCGUGAUUGGCAAAUACGUUGAAUUUAUGGACUUUCAACAAUUCACAUCGAUUGGCUUGGGCAGAACCGGAAGAAUGAACCAAGAGAUCCAGAUGGUCACUUCUAAAACCAUUAAGCGUGCAUUAUCAAUGACUCCCAACUUGCUGGAGUUUCUUGCAUCAGAAAACAUCCAAGACGAUAUGGAUGUCAAUGUGCUCAAUUACUUGUUCAAUAGAUUGCCCAAGAUGAAGGCAUUGGACUUUUGUGGCGCUAGUAGUGAGGCUUUUGCUCAAGCAUUUGAGCAAUUGCCCAUUGCCCACGAUGCAGACUUGCCCAUGACUAAGCUCUCACUCCACGAUUGCUCAAACUUGUCUCAGGAUGUAUUGGUCAAAAUAUUGACACGCUUGACUAGGUUGAAAAGACUUGACUUGAAUCAUACAUCCAUUACGUCAUCGAUCUUGUUAAAACUUCCAGAAACCAUUAGACUUACACACUUGUCACUUGCACGUUGCUCAAAAUUAACUACAAAAGACCUCAUUCACUUUCUUACCAACCACCCUGCCAUCUCGCAAGGAUCACUUGAAUGGCUCAAUUUACAAAUCGACUCAAAUGUAGUAAGCCCCUUGUCAGAUGUUUACUUGCUUUACACUCUAAAGCAUCUUAAUGCACCAAAUUUGAAGUACCUCAACAUUGGAGGCAUGCCUAUCAAUUUCCGAAUUCUAUACACUAUCAAGUCAAAAUUUCCACAGCUCACAAGUCUCAACAUCAGCCAUGCUCUGCAAAUCACACUUGAUGAGCUUAACGAUUUUAUGAAGGAUAACACUGUAAUCAAAUAUCUCGAUGUAACGGGUAUCAAAGCGCUCAACAAGAACAUUGUCACUUUUCUCAAACUCAACUUUAAUAGCAACUUGGAGGCAUUGGAAUUUGACUACAAGUCCCUCUACGAUUACACUAGUCGCGGAGAUUGUUUCCGUGUACAACGGCAACAGCAAUCUUUCUUGGAAGACCUUACCACCUCGCCUCAGCAACCACAAGUGUGGAAGUUUUAUGAUAAUGAAGGUAGAAGGGCAUGGAUCUACAAGAUAACAGAAAAAGAUUACCGUAAGCUUAAUAACUCAAACUUGGUGUUUUACGAUUUGGAAACGGGAAACAAGAUUGUCACAAAGUCAAAGAAACCCGAGUUUUUGAAAUAUGCCGGAAGAAAAGUCAACUGUAGCAUUGGGUAUUACCAGUUGAACGGGUACAAGGAUAAAAAGUUUGUAGAAACGUGCUGGCCAGUCGAGUUUAGUCAGCGUGGGAUUUACAAUUACUAUUCCUUGAACGUGAAGUAA